AUGCCGUCCUGGCCCUCGACCGUGGCGCGCCGCUCCCCUUCUAGUCGUGGCAACGAUGACUCUGCUGGCAACGGCACUGGCAACGGCAAUGGAAGUGGUGAAGGUGGUGGCGGCGAUAUCAUAAUGCCGCUACUGCCACGAUUUCUAUGGAGUCCACCGGCACCGCCCUGCGAUUAUACGUCGGUCAUCGUGACGCUGUCGUGUGGUGGCCAAAUCGGGCUCAGGACAUCUUCAAAUUUUGCCGGUCAUGUCUUCAAUAUCAGUCUGUCGGACCACUGCGGCCUUCCCGCGGUUUGCUCCCAGUUCCGUUCCUCCAGAGCGUUCGAUAAGGCCCGCACCGCGAUCCGAGCUCUGGCGCGGGACACCGGAUGGGAACAGAGCCCGACCACCACCGUCCAGGUGCCCUCCAGCCUAACUGGCAGAACGCGGAUGGGAUACGAGAACAUCACCCACAAAGCGGAACGGAAGAAGCCUGCGCCGGAGUUGAGAGAAUUCGGAAUGCCCGUCUGGCUAUGUACCAUGAACUGGGACCCUAAUUUGACCGGGUCGCCUCGAACAGCUGAGGUCGCGGUUGAUCCAGGCAGUGUGCAGGUGGUGUGGUCUUAUAUAUACCAAAUGCGACAGCUCUCGAAUCAGUGA